CCCCGCCCCCGCGGCGGGGCGGGGCGGCCCCGGCGGCAGCAGAAGGGGGAACUGGGCGCAGCGGCGCGGAGGAAGUGGCCGCGCCGCCCCCGCCCGGCCGCGGCAGACGGAGACGCGCCCCGCUGCUGCCCGCCCCGCGCUGCGCUGCGCUGGGCUCCGCUGCGCUCGGCUGGACGCGGGGCAGGGCCGGGCCAUGGCGCGGCUGUGCCUGCUCGUGCUGCUGGGCCGCUGGCUGGUCCCGGGCGGCGCCUUCAACCUGGACGCGGACCAGCCCGCCGUGUACUCGGGCUCCGAGGGCAGCUACUUCGGCUUCGCCGUGGACUUCUUCGCCCCGGACCCCUCCUCAAUAUUUCUUCUUGUGGGAGCUCCGAAAGCAAACACUACCCAGCAUGACAUUGUAGAAGGAGGCCAAGUGCUCAAAUGUAACUGGAAUUCGAACAGAAACUGCCAGCCGAUUAUAUUUGACUCCACAGGCAACAGAGAUUUUGCUCCAAAUGAUCCUUUGGAAUUUAAGUCUCAUCAGUGGUUUGGAGCCUCUGUGAGAUCAAGAAAUGAUAAAAUUCUGGCCUGUGCCCCUUUGUAUCAUUGGAGGACUGAAACAAAACAAGAGAGAGAGCCUGUGGGAACCUGUUACCUGCUUGCUGGAUCUAAAGCUGUGGAGUAUGCACCUUGCAGGUCAAACAUUAUUGAUGCGGAUGGACAGGGAUUUUGUCAAGGUGGAUUUAGUAUUGAUUUUACAAAGGGAGACAGAGUGCUACUUGGAGGACCUGGAAGUUUUUACUGGCAAGGCCAACUUAUUUCUGAUCGAGUGACAGAGAUUGUAGCUAAAUAUGACUCGAAAAUCUACAGUACAAAGUAUGAUGACCAGUUAGCAACCCGACCAGCCAGUGCUGCUUUUGAUGACAGCUACUUGGGUUAUUCGGUGGCUGUUGGAGACUUCAGUGGUGAUGGCAUAGAAGACUUUGUAUCAGGAGUCCCAAGAGCAGCAAGAACUCUGGGCAUGGUGUCUAUUUACAAUGGGAAAAACAUGUCUUCCAUGUACAACUUCACUGGAGAGCAGAUGGCUGCCUAUUUUGGAUAUUCAGUGGCUGCCACAGAUAUCAAUGGGGAUAAUUAUACAGAUUUGUUUAUUGGAGCCCCUCUCUUUAUGGAUCGAGGUUCUGAUGGGAAACUUCAAGAGGUCGGCCAAGUUUCCAUUUGCCUUCAGCGAGCUUCUGGAGGGUUUCAGAUCACAAAGCUGAAUGGUUUUGAGAUAUUUGCAAGAUUCAGCAGUUCUAUUGCACCUCUGGGUGAUCUAGAUCAGGAUGGCUUCAAUGAUAUUGCAGUUGCUGCACCGUAUGGUGGAGAGGACAAGAGAGGGCUUGUUUAUAUCUACAAUGGAAGAGCAACUGGUUUGAAUGCAGUCCCGUCUCAAAUUCUUGAAGGGCAGUGGGCAGCUCGCACUAUGCCACCCAGCUUUGGGUACUCGCUGAAAGGAGCCACAGAUGUGGACAAAAAUGGAUAUCCAGAUCUGAUUGUUGGAGCCUUCGGUGUUGACACAGCUGUUCUGUAUAGGGCUAGACCAGUCAUCAGAGUAAAUGCUGCCCUGGAAGUUAAUCCAACUAUUCUAAACCCAGAAAACAAAGCCUGUUCACUGUCAGAUGUGAAAGUUUCUUGCUUUAAAGUAAAGUUCUGCUUAAAAGCGGAUGGCAAAGGAAAACUCCCUAACUCACUCAAUUUCCAAGUGGAGCUGCUGUUGGAUAAACUUAAACAGAAAGGAGCUAUAAGGAGAGCUCUGUUUCUCCACAGCAAACAGCCUAGUCACUCUAAGAACAUGACUAUUACGAAGGGAGGUAAAAUGAAUUGUGAAGAACUAGAUGCCUUUUUGAGGGAUGAAUCUGAAUUUAGAGACAAACUAACUCCCAUUACUAUUUUUAUGGAAUAUCGUCUGGAUUACAGAACAGCUGCUGAUGCAACAGGGUUGGCUCCUAUCCUCAACCAGUUCACUCCUGCUAAUAUGAGCAGACAGGCACAUAUUCUGCUGGACUGUGGUGAUGAUAAUAUCUGCAAACCAAAACUGGAGGUUUCAGUAGACAGUGAUCAGAAGCAGAUCUAUAUUGGUGAUGACAAUCCUUUGACGCUAAUUGUCAGUGCUCAGAAUCAAGGGGAAGGAGCCUAUGAAGCAGAACUCUUUGUCAUUGUUCCACCCCAAGCAGACUUCAUUGGUGUUGUUCGUAACAGUGAGGCUUUAGCAAGACUGUCAUGUGCAUUUAAAACUGAGAAUCAAACUCGCAUGGUAGUUUGUGACCUGGGAAAUCCUAUGAAAGCAGGAACUAAGCUAUUGGCUGGCCUGCGUUUCAGCGUGCACCAGCAGUCUGAAAUGGAUACCUCCGUGAAGUUUGACUUGCAAAUCCGAAGCUCCAAUCUGUAUGACAAUAUAAGUCCAGUAAUAUCCUAUCAGGUGGACCUUGCCAUUUUAGCAGCUGUUGAAAUUAGAGGUGUGUCGUCUCCUGAUCACAUAUUCCUUCCUAUUGCAAAUUGGCAGCCCAAGGAAAAUCCAGAAACAGAAGAUGAUAUAGGGCCUCUAGUUCAGCAUAUCUAUGAGCUGAGAAACAAUGGCCCAAGUGCUUUCAGUAAGGUGAUGAUGACGCUACAGUGGCCUUACAAAUAUAAAAACUACACGCUGUUGUAUAUCAUUCAGUAUGAAAUUGAUGGUCCCAUGAACUGCACUUCUGACAUGGAGAUCAACCCAUUGAAAAUUAAGAUUUCCGCUUCUAAAGAUGAGGAUAAGAACGAAACACUUAAUAGGGAAGAUAAUCGCGAUCAUCGCAUCAGUCGAAGGGAUAUAACUGCCAUUGAGGGAGACGUGCAUACUUUGGGCUGUGGAACUGCUGAUUGCUUAAAGAUAGUCUGUCAAGUUGGCCACCUGGAAAGGGGAAAGAGUGCAAUAUUGUAUUUAAAAUCCCGCCUUUGGACCCAGACUUUCAUGAAUAAAGAAAAUCAGAAUCACUCUUAUUCUCUCAAAUCAUCUGCUUCGUUCAAUGUUAUAGAGUUCCCUUAUAAGAACCUUUCCUUUGAAGAUAUCCACAAUUCUACAAUAGUUACUACAAAUAUUACAUGGGGCAUUCAACCACAGCCUAUGCCUGUGCCAGUGUGGGUUAUAAUUUUGGCUGUCCUAGCAGGAUUAUUGCUCUUGGCCAUUCUAGUGCUUGUUAUGUACAGGAUGGGCUUCUUCAAACGUGUGAGACCACCUCAAGAAGAACAAGAAAGAGAACAACUGCAACCCCAUGAGAAUGGGGAAGGAACAUCAGAAGCUUAAGCAGAGUUUUAUCUGUAAGACACUCUGAAACUUUAAAAAGCCUACAUCAUACUUACAAAUAUUGGUUUCCCUCUUAAGGAGAAAACACUCCUGACUGCACUGCUGCUGAUGUCAAAAGGUAUCAGCACCUGCAAAAUAAGAGCAAUAUAUAUAAAUUCUCCCUUUUGUAUUAAUCAUGUUGACACGUGUGACUAAUGCAUAUGCACUGAUUUGUGUGUAAGAAAUUUAAGUAAUACGUAGUGCUAUGAUUUUGCUUAUUGGGAUGUAGGAGACAACAUCUUUUUAUCGAUUCAGACUGGCUUUACAUGAAUCGCUACAUAGAUUCCAUUUCUACUCUUUAAGCCAGCAGCUUCCACAGAUACUUGCUGGAUUACAUAUUUUGAUGGAUUUUUGUUGUAGUACACUACACUAAAUUUCCUAUCUCAUGAAAGCUAGGUGCACAAAAACGAGCAUAGCUUGUUUUACAAAGCCGAAGAGUAUUCUUUGACCCAUUAAUUCUGCUGAUGACUUUUCUCCUGCUCAAAAAAUACAAAAGAGAUUAUUCAGUGGAAUCAUUAACAUCUGAUCUCUUCUGCAUCUCAGUUCCCCUUCCUGCCUAGUCAUCUCUGCCCUGGAAUCUUACUGUUCUGCAUGGUCUCCUGUUUCCCCUCUGGACCUCACAGAUACUUCUUUCCCGAUCCUAGGUCCCUUACCUUAGAGAUUGAGGCUAUAGAAAUAGAAGUGAGAGGGAGAAAGCUGGGGAUGUUGUACUCUCUAGGGGACCUAGUGAAAAAUGCAGGGCAGGAUCCAAAGACUGUGCUGAGUAUUUCCAUGGAGCAGGAUAGAUGUGUCCCACAGAAUUCUUGGCAGCAUGGAUCCAUUCAGGUACUGCCAGGGACAAGAUGGUGGACUCCAGCUUCCAAAAGGUAUGUCUGAUAUGAAAACCCAUAGCCUUUAUGCCCACAGAUCAAACCUCCACAGGGCUUAAAGCUGAGUUUUCUUGGGUUGAACUUCCCUCUCUGGCAAAACAGUAUAGGGGGAAUAUUUGUGAUAGGUUACCUGAUGCACCCUGGGGAAGCUGCUAAUAAUUCGCACAUUCUGCAUUACCUUGUCCAAGUGCAGGACUGAGUAUACAGAGACUGUUUAAACUACACUAUCUGCCAGCCAAUGUAUCUAGAUUACAUUAGUACUUACCAGUGCUCGUCCCUGCCCUGCCACCUGCCCUGAAAGAAGUCAGCUUGUCAGUGAAGCAGAGUGUAGCCAGCAACAUGAAAGGAGUUGAUUAGCAGAGGUUGAUUUGGCUUGUUUAGUAUUAAUCUUGCACAAAAGACUCCAUUUCAUUACCAGAAAAGACACUAAGUAUUUUCUGUUUUAUUGAUGGCUUUUAAAUGUUAAACUUAAGUGAGUUAAAAUCAAGGGUUUAAAUCCUUCUUAGCUUACUUCCUUCAGUAUUGGUCCAGUAAAAUGAAGCCUCUUUAUACUUAUGAAAGAACACAAGAAGGUGGCCUAUAUGCAUUUUGGUAACCACAUAACUGCUAGUUAGGAGGUUAGUUGGCUUGUAACCACAUGUAACUGUGCUGCAGAAAUUUUAGAGUAGACAUACCUUACUUGAGAUUUGUUUAUUCUCCAUUCAGAAAAGAGGAGAAACUACAUUAUAAACUCCUUAAAUGCAGCCACAUACAGAAAGGAAGGCUUCUACUAUAAUUAUACCAGUGUGGUUUCUGUGUUAACAAACUCUUAGAGGGACAAGAACUCUGGUUUGGUUUGGUUUCAUAUUUUGGGUUUUUUCUCAAAGCUGCACUUCUCCCAUAAACACUGCAGUGCUCAGUAAACCCAACAUUAUCUGAAAUGAACAGUUCAGUUCAACUUUCAUUUCUGUCUACUUUCUGAGAUUUAAAAUCUACAAAUGACUUUCACUGUUAAGUCCACUCUUUUACUGAACUGUGAUAGCAUUUGAGUCAUUAAGGGAGACAGCACAAAGUUAAUGUGGGGGCCAGUUUGUAUUUCAGAUAUAGGCUUGCAUAUUUAUCCAUUUACAUGUUUUUGUUUCAGAUGAUUUCUUUAAGUUUAGUUUAUAUGAGAGGGCAUGGGGCCAAAUUCUGGUUCCACUCAAUUUUCAAGGUCUUCAGUGUGGUCAAGGUUUCAUUCUUGCCUUUACUUCUAGUAUUGUUACUACCAAUAUAGUAGAGACUCAGGAGUCAGGCUUUGAUCCUUGCCUCAAAAUGUGACUUUUAUAAAACAUAAGUUCAUUUCACAGGCUUCUAGGCUUUUAGUUCACAUAGGUUGCCAAUUGAUUAUCUAUAUGCAAGAGGACUGUUUUUAUUCUGUCUUUAUCUUAGUAAGUUAAGAGGUUUAAGACACUGUCAGUAGACAGGUAAGAGCUCUAAUUCUUGUGUGUGCACACUUUUGUUACAUGUACACACUGUGUUGACUUGAAAUUCAUUAGACUACUUGCAUGUCUAGGCAUUAUAGGGAGAUGGAGGAAGAAAAAAAAAAAAGCAUGGUCAAGAUCCCUUUGGCUCACGUGGAAGGGAUACCACAGCCUUGUUAAUGUCAGUGCUAACUACAUCUUAAUUUUACUGUGGCAACUGGAAACUCUUUGCUGUGUUUCAGGAUAAAAAGGUACAUUUUAUUGGUACAACUGCUGUAGCUAUGGAAAGUUCCUUCUGUGUAUUGAAAUUAUGUAAAGUAAGACUUAUUUAAGUGAUUUUUAUUUUCUUACCUUCUACUAGAAAAUAAUUGUUUCUCUAUGUCCAGUAAUUUCCAGUUUAAUUAGUUUAAAAACCAAAAAACAGUAGUAUAGCCAACUGCAGUAUACAGGCUACUUAAUGAACACAGAUACAACACCCCAAAUUCAGUUUAAAAUUACAUAUGAGUUUAGGAGAGAUUCUGAAUAGAAUGUUUUUCUGAAUCGGGAUGGGGAUGAAGGGAAAUCUUUGGUUUUACAUUCCAGAUUUGGCAAUAAGAUUACAGAAUAUAUACGCACUUGUGUUACUAUAGAUUUCCCAGGGGCUUACAGGCAUUGAUACACUCUUAUAGCAAAUAUUUUAGUUAUGUUGAAAUUUUUAAAGCAACCUUUAAAAAUGUAUUUUGGAGUGAGAAAUUAAUGCCCCUAAGUCAAAACUGAUGUGCAUAAGAUGCAUAUUGCAAGUAUAGUAAAAUGCAAGUAUGGUAAUAGAUAAUUGACUUAGUCCUCUUUUGAGAGAGUUAUCUUACAUAAACAUAGCUUUAUAUAUAUAAAAUUAGCAAUUAUGUAAUUUUACUCUAUGGAAACAUUUUAAAGAGCUAGAUGUUUUAUAAAUGAAUUACAAAAUUCUACAACUAGUCCAGUUUGCAAUUACUGCAGCAUCUCAUGAUGCAUAUUAAAAGGUGAUUUAUAUUGCAAAAUGUGUAUUAUUGGUACUAUAUUUGACAAUAUUUAGAAAAUGUAAAGAGAGGAACCAAAUUUAUAUGUUUACAUUCCUUUCAAGAAGCACUACCAAAAUCUGGAUUCAUUCUUAAGCAUGACUGCAAAGUCAGACGUGGGAUACAUUUAUCAACAUAAGUGGAAAUCUUCGAGAAAUAUUCACAGAUGUUAGUAUCAAGUUUAUGGGUUAUAUAUGCCCCACUUUUCUGUUUAAAAUUUUGAUUUACAUGUUGAUCUUCGAUUCACAUAAUGCUUAUGGAACUUUAAGAAAGUCUGUAAUAUUUGUCCUUUCCUUAUAAAUUCCAAGCAAACAUUUUUAAUACUUAGUACUUUCUAAAAUUGUGUCCAUGCUUAAAGUCUUCAUGGUAAACUUCCACAGGUAUAUUUUGAAAAUAUUUCAGCUGUAUUCAGCAUGUUCUUGGUGCUUUGAAGGAUUCAUAUUGCACUUUCAAAGCAGUAUAGCAACAGACUAAUGCGCAGACCUAUGCAAAUGUUCCUGAAGAGUGAGAGAAGACUUCCAGCAUGGCUGUCUUUUGAGGGAAUGAGAGAUUAGAUUUUUUGCAACAUUCUGGUCUGCUGAUGGUUAUCCUGGCACAGGUGCUGCAGUAUUUUUUUCACACUCUUACAAAUAAUCACAGGGUAGCAGUGAAAAUCUAGUCGGCUUCUGUCUUCAGUACAGGCUGAGGCUAUUCUAUAGUUUAAUAAAAUCAUGGAAAACCUGACAUUAAUUUCAACUGGCUUUGAAUUAGGCCCUUUAUGUUCAAUGCUGCUGACUGUUAAUGAGAAAAAAAAUGGACUUUUUAAAAGGACAGUGGAAAUCCCAAAUGAAAAGGAAGUUGGCAGCCUGCAGAUUUGUUGAGCCUUCUGCAGAGAAGGAUUUUUUUCCAUUUUUCUAUUUCUGAGGUAGGAAGAACUCAUUAGUUUGGUUGUUGGUGGCCUCCUAUCACAAAGAAAUGCCACACUUGGGAGCAUGAUCACGUGCUGAGCUCUAAUAAUUCUCAUUGACUUCACUGGGACCUGAACUCUUUGGUACUGAAUCUCUAGCUUCUAAUUCCCAAGUGCAAUAUAACAUGAUCAAAUCUAGUUCAUUGCCAAGUUGUUUGUUAAUUUUUGUUUGUCUAAUAACGGAUGUAGCAUCUGUUGACUGGCAGUGGUCAAUAUUUUUAAGGACAUUAACAAAACCAGUGUAUUAAAUAAGGUGAUAAAUGAAUGCUGUAGAAAGUUUUUGAUCACCCACAUUGGGUGAGACAUGAUAUAUAUUCUAAAGCUUAUCUAUUACUAACUCUUGAGUUAUUGAGAAUUGGUACAAUGUUCUUCUUUAAGUCCACGGUGGAAAAUUUGACUAGAGACUCUAUAAUAAUGGCUUUCAGUCUGUAGUGCUACUACUGUUUUAUAUGAUUAUGGUAUCUAGAAUUUCAGCAUAUUUUUUCCAUUAAAAAUCAUAACAAAGGAAAUCUAGGCUUAUAUGCAUUGACCUCCAAAUCUUUUGCAUUAAUAUUGACUAACUUGACUCUUGGCUUUUGCAAAGUAGAUGAAGAUUUAAUGUAGCAUUUGAGUCUGCAAAAAACACUUUCAGGUUUAAGUGGCCCUUUCUAGUCCACAAAGGAAACAUGUUUGUUACGAUGCAAAUAUUUUGAAAAUGUAACAGUUUAUUUCUUCAUAGUGGAAUUUUUUGCAUGGAUUUUUGCUCAUGCAUUAAAUUAGUAUAGCAUUGUUUGCAUAAGCAGAAAAUUAACUUACUAACAAGACUGCUGCAUUUUUGGGUUUCUUAGUUAUGUAAUAAAUAUUAAUAAACCAAAUGGGAAUAUUUUCAGCAACUAUGAACUUGUUUCAAAGGCCUUUGGUACUUUUAAAGAGAGCAAUAUACAUUUGAAGUCACCUUAUUGUUAUUAAAAUAUAAAUCUUGCAAAGAAAUAUGUGGGUAUUGUAGCACAGUAAUUUUGUAUUGAUGUCAAAUAUAGCUAUUAAGCUAUGUUUUUCUUCUCAACUCAUUCUUUUCAUCCUAAUUCAAAUUUAAAAUGAUUUUAUUAGGUUAUAUUUUUAUAUAUAUGUAUUCAAUUUUAAAAUACUAUGAUUGGAUAAACAGUCUGAGAAAUGUUAUUGUAAGUAUUAUGUUGAUUCUGGUGAUAAGAAUUUUGGAAUAAAAUACCUCUGAAUUAA